AUGCCGGUCACUCUCUCGCAACUCUCGGUGCUGGGCACGCUCAGCUUGCAGAACGGCGCCCUUGCCUUCGUGCUGCAUCGGAGCCGGCGUCCCGAUGCUUCGGGCGGCGUGUACAGCACCAGCACCGCAGUCCUGCUCGCGGAGGUCGGCAAGGUCAUCAUCGCCCUUGUGGCGCUCAAGUUCUUCUCCUCCUCUACGAACACCGUCAAGGGCUACCAGGCGCUGCCGCAAGCGCCGCCGAGUCCGCGAGCCGAGAACCGGACGCUCGCUCGCAUGGCAGUGCCAGCGCUGCUCUACGUGUGCCAGAACCACCUGCAGCUCAUCGCCGUCUCCUACCUCGACCCCGCCACCUUCCAGAUCCUUGCUCAGCUCAAGAUCGCCGCAACUGCCCUCUUUGCGAUGCUGCUGCAGGGCCGCAACUUCUCCUGCGCACAGCUCAGCGCCCUCGGGUGCCUCAUGCUUGGUGUCUUCGCCGUGCAAGCCAGUGUCGGUCGCGGUGCCUCCACCGCCUCCGCGGCGGAAUGGGCUGCAGUUCUGCGCGGCGUCUCCGCUAUCUUCGUGGCGACGCUGCUCUCGGGCUUCGCCGGCGUGUACCUGGAGGUCACGCUGAAGGACGCAUCAAGCGACUUCUGGACGUGCAACCUGCAACUGGCGGCUCUCAGCCUCAUUCCGGCUCUCGUGCCGGUCAUCACGGACGCAGCAUCGCAAGACACGUGGGCGCCUCUCGAUCACUUUGGCGCAUGGGCUUGGGCCGCAGUCACCAUGUCGGUCGGCGGAGGCCUCCUCGUGUCCUUUGCCAUCAAGAAGGCCGACAGCGUCCUCAAGGGCUUCGCUACUAGCAUCUCGGUCGUGCUCAGCGUCAUCCUCAGCGUCGCCUUCCUGGGCUCGCAGAUCGAUCUUCUGUUCUUCCUGGGCACUGCCUGCGUCUUGUGCAGCACCAUCGCCUACAGCCGGGCGAGCUGA